ACAUUUAAGCAAGACACAGCACUCCCUGACUAUACUGACGCAUGGCUGUGCUCUAGUCACCGGUAUGCUUUCUAACAAUCCGACAAACGCCUCUUCGCCAUUCUCUUCGAGCCGUACUGCUAGAGCUGGCUCUUCAAAUCUGUUUGCUCCAGCUCGACCGUCUCAACUCAGCCGUUCGCUGGUCAACGGUCAUGUAACUGGCGAGGAAGUGGAAGCGGAAGAGGGAGCAGGCUCGAGUGUAAAGGUAAAAGAGAAAGAUACGGAUGCUCUGUAUCUCCAGCCUAGCGUGUAUAGGAAUACCGAAAAGGGCAAAUGGAGAGCGUCCGGAGAGACAGCUCUAGCGGCCGUCAGUCCUGUCGGAGGUGAAAUAGCCAGCUGGUUCGCGAGGAAGGACACGGCAGACAAGCCUCGAGAUCAUGGUUUGAACGUCCCGCAUAACCAGAUCUAUUUCUCCGCCUCGAACAACUUACCUGACGCUGUCACCUCCUUCUACCGCGAAACCUACACGCUUUUCACUUCGUUACAGAGGAUCGUGUCAUCAGCCAUGAGGAUACCUCGUCUGGAUGAGGCCUUGCAAGAGAAGUCGUUCAAUGUGAAAGAGGCGAUACAGGAGGGUGAUAUACUCGUUGCACCAUCUGCAGAGACCAUUGGACACAUGGGAAGAUUGGUUGGGCUGUACUUGGGCGAGCUGCAAAAGCUCAGAGAAUCACAGAUACUGGAGGCCCUUGAUCGGACGACCUACGAAGCUGUGUAUCACAUCCUUCAUUUGGCUCAAAUCCUGUACUUACCACGAGAUGGCCGGGGCGAGGGGUUGCUGGGCGAGGAGCUUCUGGAUUGGGUGAACGACGUAGACCCAGCCCCACCAAAUCAGCAAGGGAACGAAAUCAUGCAGAGCCGUCCGCCGUGGGAUCACCCCGCAUUCUGGCCAUAUGUCUGCCAGUGUAUGCUCCGAGGCUUCCACUUACCAGCUUCCUCCUUCCUACGCACUCUGGUCGAUCAUCCAGAUAAAUCCAUCUCGGACCUCGCUUCUCUCUUAUCCUCCCAUCUAUCUCGGUUCCCUAGAUCGACCAAUGUGGCUAGUUAUCCGCUAGAUCAUCAAUUUCUAUCCGCACAUCGGCAAUGGCUGUCAACGUUCAGAGCCGAGUUGACCACGACACUGAAAGGGAGGACCAGAGGCAAAUGGUUCGAGGGGGAGGAAAUCUCGGAUCCAGGCAGCUGGGAGAGGGACUUCAAAUCAGUCGUCGAGCUGAUGGAAGGGAAACCAGAGAGGGUCCUCGCUGAGGCCAGUGACUGGCGGGAGGCUCUAGGAGCAUGGGGAGUGCUCGUAGAUGUCAACCUUCGGAGGGAUGACUUGGCCACGAUCGCCGCUGACAUAUCGUCAAAGAUUCCGAUGGCGUCGCCAGUGACGGUGGACGACUCUAUAGAGUACUCACUUUGCAUCGCUGAUGUGCCGAAAGCAUUGUCCGGAUGUCACGACCUCGACAAAUGGUUGGCCGCUCAUCUUGGAGAUAUAUUCGACAAACUCGGCCUGCUGCUAGAUGAUGAAGACCGGUUUGAGCUCAGCAUACGAGACUACUUCCUGCUCGACUACGCCGAUGUUCUGUGCGAGAACCCAGAAUCCAAUAGCCUUUGGAGAGUGAUCUGUGACUAUCUGUCCGCUGCCGGUCCCGAAGGUCGCCGUCGACUGAAGGAAUUCAUCUUACAUGUCUCGUUGGACAUUCUGGACCCUUCCAAUAUCGCUGCUGGCGAUACGGAUAUGGACGGCAUGGACGACUUCAAGGAUGAAGACGAAGAUAUCGACCUGCGCGUACGCAAGUAUGCUCAGAUACAAGAAGCUUGCGAGCAGCUUGGCCUGCCGGACGAAGCACGUACUAUCAGUCGAAUCAUGGCCGGCCAGUUGCUCAAGAGGGGAGAGCUGGGAAUCGCAGCGACCAUGUGUCUCCAGGCGGAGGAAGGCAAUACGUUGUCUCUCAUCACUGAGCAGAUUCUGGAUGCGUACAUAGCGAAAGGCGAAGAAGAAUACCUCCGCCUAGUCGAUUCACUGCCUCCCACAUUGCUCACCGAGGCACCUCUCGCCCUGCAACAUUUUGAUCCGAACACGGACGCGCCGCUGGAUUUUCCAGGUCAAACUUCCGCCACGGUCUUUACAUCCCGCUUGACGUUCCUUUCCGAGUUCCGGGAUUACCUCUUGUUCACGAUGCAGGAUGCUCGAGAUCGAGCUGCUCAGAGAUUGGUAAAUCUGUUGACAGCCAACGUGGCUCCUGUCCGUUUCUGGGCCGUCAUUCUUGCCGAAAGCGUGCCCUUGCUGGAAGAUGCAGAAGUGCUGUUCAAUGCAAAUGACACCUUUGAGUUGAUGCGGGUCCUGGAGGAUGUCGAAUCGAACGCCAUUGUUGCUCCGGAUAUGUACCUUGGGGAUCUUGUAUCUCACCUGAGGCGGAAGCAAGAACAAGGACAAGGCGAGGGUCUCUCCCUACACGGUGGCAAGGCUAGUCUCGCAGAUGCUCGGACGACUCUGGACCAAGUAAGAUUGGCGCUGGCAAGAAAUCUUGCUCGGGCAAUGGUCAUGGACUUUGACACGCCAUUUUGAGAUCGUGAUGCAAGCCGUGCAUGUAGAAUGGCCGAGGACGUUCUACUAACGUCUCUCCUCAAAGGUGCCUGCUAUGCAUAGGACGCGUCAGAGCGGUAGAUGACCUUGAGUCAUGCGUCAUGGGACAAUCCAUCCCCCCCCC